GUUUUGUAUUAGGUACUCGUCUAAAGUGUUUUGAAAUCGUCAAGGCGGUUUCCUUUACACAAAUCAAAGAAACAUGUGUACCUACAUGUUGUGCAGAUUUAAAUUGACGUUGUACGUUUGAGUGAACUUAGUUCUCUUCAACCUUGACAUGUCAUCGCCAGUAAUAUUAGCAAAUGAGUGGUAAUGAAGAAAUCAACAUGGCCGACAUACAGGAAUCCGGACAAGGAAUAAACAAACGAAAACAAUGCGAGUCCUUUACUAUUGACUUUUCUCAGGGCGGUGGACAGAAAGAGAAUUUGCAAGACGCCUUUCUAAAAUUUAAGAGAGAUAAACAGAAGGAGAUCAGAAACCAAAAGAAAAUGAAACGGAAAAGAAAGAAAAAACAAAGAAAUCCUCAGCAGAUGCAGAGGUUGAGAGCCAAAUUUGUUGCUCAGGCUAAGAAAUAUUUCGGGACACCAUAUGCAAAACGAUACUGGACCCCAGAUGAUGAGGAAUACUACUCCAAGCGCUUUCUUGACUGCUGCGGUUUGGUACGACAGGUUAUGUUGGAUUUGAGGAAGGACUUUGGAUUCCGCAUUGGGCCGUGGAACCAGGCAUACAUGUAUGACACACUGCCAAUCACGAUAGAGAGAGAGGAAGAUAUGAAGGCGGGGGACCUAGUAUUCAUCUCAGGGAUUUACCCUAAUCCCAAAUCUCGGCAGCAGAAACAUCACAUGACCCAUGUAGAGAUUUGGGCAGGGAAUGGUUGUAAAACUAUUGGUGCUCGAUGGAACAAAGGCAAGGUGCAGGUGUUUGACCAUUACAAGUUUCAACCAAAGAGCUUUCAUAGUGAGCAGUAUUACUUCAAGUCCAUAGACACCUGGCUAGCAGGAACAUGCAAAAGUUUCUGCCCAGAACAUAAAUGGAGAAGAAGAAAGUUUAACCCAAGCAAGAAGUCUGUGUUUUCACUUUCUGGUGAGCAGAAGAAGAGUCCUAAUGCUGGCCCAUCAUCCGAAAAAAGUGAUGAAGAAAAACUAGGUCAAGUGAUGGUUGAGGAAGAAAAGAAAGAAAUGACAACUGAGGAAGAGGGAAGUGAAGAGACUGAAAAAGCUCAGAUGGCUGAGGCAGAGAAAACAGAGGAAGAUGAUGAAUUUGAGGAACAAGAUGAAGAUUAUGAUGAUGAUGAUAAUGAUGAAGAUGAUGGAUGUGAUGAUGAUGAAGAUUAUGAUGAUGAAGAUGAUGAUACCUAUUUGUACCAGGAAGGUGAUGAUGGUCAAGAAGAUGAGGAUGAUAUAAAUGCAACACCUUUGGAUCUUCAGAGUCAGAUUCUUUCCAAUAGCAGCUCUCUGGCUUCUUUGCAGAAUUAUGACUCUAACACAAGGUCAUCAGGAGCAACCAAUCAAAACACAGAAUCUAUACGAAGGAGUAACCUAGCCAUUGAGACACAACUAGCCAGUAAAUGUAUCAUCACUGAUAAAAAUGGUAAAAACAUUAAUAACAACAGUAGCAGUGCCAGUCUAGACUCUGUGUUCUCAAAAGCUACUAACUCCAUGCUCCGUGGAAAAGGCAGUCAAUCUUGUAGUCAGCUGUCCCUACAAGUAAAAGAUGCAACAUCAGAAAACAAAACUGAGGGGGCCACCAGUACAGAACCAGACAAGGUAGCAAGUAAAGCUGAUGUCACCAAGAAAGAGACCACCAUUGGUAAAUCGGAGGUAACCAACCCAGAAAAAACCGACAGUCAGACAGUCAAACAUGACAGUGGUCUGAACCCAACCAAACCUGACACCACUAAAGAUAAACCAGACAUCACCACUAAAGAUAAACCAGACACCACCACUAAAGAUAAACCUGAUACCACUAAAGACAAAUCUGACACCACUAAAGAUGGUGCCACCAAGGAAACUAAAGAGGAGACAUCAAAAGAAAAGAGCAAGAAUGGGAAAAAGUCACCUCAUGUACGCGCCACCAGGCUCCCCGCCUGUAGCCUCCCUGUUAACAUGCAGCCAACAUUUUAUGUGGGUGGAGGAAAUGGGGUGUCUCUAGUGGAGGCCCCACUACUCAAUCUUGGAUGGAAACGAACCAAUGACAAAUAUGAUGAGCGUUUUCGAUUGAAGUGGGUGGAGUGCAAGACUAGAAUCAAUUACAGUGCUUUCAAAGAAGGAGAACAAUUGGUUAAUCAUAUCCCUAAUGGAAACCUUCUGACCAAUAAACUUGGACUACUCAACAGUCUUCAGGAGUACGAGAGAGUUACUAUGAGUACCAAAGGUCGACCUCCAAGGUUACGGUUCACUGACUUCGUUCCUGAGACUUACAGAUUUGAUGAAAAGCAUGACAGAGAAGUGUUCUUGGAACGUUAUAAAGACCCAGAGCUUUGGAUCUGUAAGCCUACAGGUAUGAAUCAGGGGAAGGGUAUUUUUAUCAUCAGGAGUCGGGAGGAGGUUAACAAGCUGAUAGAGGAGCGAGAACAGAGACGAGAACAGCUGGCCAAGUCCUCAAAAACCAUGAUGACCCGUAUUGUUCAAAAGUAUAUAACCAAUCCAUUGCUUCUGACUGAGAGAAAGUUUGACAUCCGUGCAUACAUGCUGAUUGCCAGUACAACCCCGUAUUUGGUGCUAUAUCACAAAGGUUAUGUGAGACUGUGUUGUAAUAAAUACAAUGAAGACUCCAAAGAGUUGUCUACACAUCUCACUAACCAGUUUGUGCAGAAGAAGGACCCUAAUUACAAAGACAUUAAGGAGGAUACAGCAUGGAGCAUGGACAAGUUUAACCAGUACAUUAAUGAGAACAUAGCCCCUCACAAAGAUCUGGAGCAGGACUGGGUCUACAACACCCUUACUAAACAAAUGCAGAAGAUCAUGAUCCACUGCUUUAACAGUGUCAAGCACAAACUCCAGUCCAGAGUGGGAUUCUUUGACCUUUUUGGACUAGACUUUAUGGUAGACACAGACUUCAAAAUUUACCUGAUUGAGAUCAAUGUUAACCCAGCUCUCCACUGUAAUUGUGAGGCUCUGAAGGAGGUGAUUCCCGGAGUGGUAGAAGAGACCCUCUAUGUGACCAUUGAAUGCUUUGAAAAAACACGCAAAAACCAGCAACUACUGCCUUUGAAUUCAUUAAGGAAUUUUUCUAUACUUUACUGUGGUUCUCGGCCAUACAAUAUGCCUUCCAGGCCUAGCCGCAGUGUAUCACCAACAAAAGACAACACACCACAAGAAAAGCGUGCUUCCAUUCCAAACACUGCUGUUCCAACUGCACCACGAUCUCUCCACCGGUUGAGCACAACCAGUACUCCAGUUGUGUCUGCUCCACCGGUUGUCUCCACUCCUAAGCCAGCACUAGCUACUGAAAAGUCAUCCACUGACAAAAACAGUGAAAAAGAAAAAGACUCCACUGUUAAAAAGCAACCAGUUGUUAUGGAUGUUCACAGGGUGUCUAACCCCAAUGCCAAGCUAUCAGAUAUGGUAUCAUUUUCUUCCUCUACCCUGCUGGCAGAGGCUGGGAAUCUCUUAGGCCAGACCUCUCAUAAACUGGAUGAGUCAGCAACAUUGAGAAUGAUCCAUGGUGAUGAGAAACAAACAGAAGAAGAUGAAAAACUGAAAAAGGAGGACAGUAACCUGAAGGAAAAGGCACAAUCUGUAGCCAAGAGCUCAGAAGGUGUUGUACUGAACCUUUCUCCUCCUGAAAAACAAAAGACAACAAUGUCUGAAGAAAAGUCAAGUGCUGCUGACGCUGUAGUCAGUUCUACCACCAAGACCACUACAACCACUUCUACCAGCAAAGCAAAACCAUUUGUAGGCCGGUUGUCUGUUAACAUCACUUCUGUACCUGCUACCUCUACUGUGAGCUCCAUCACAAAACCUAGUCCUGGUGACACCAACUCUUCAGCAACCACCUCAAAACCAGGACCAACUGAAAUCACACCAAAACCAGCACACCCUUACGUUAUAAUGACUAGCACUACCAGCACAAACCUCAUACCAACAAAAAAUGUAUCAAAUUUUCCUCUUAUUACAAACAAUGGAAAUAAAAGUGCUCGCCAUAAUUCAAACUCUCAAUCUCUUCGCUCAUCCAAAGAAACCAGUGGUAAACUUUCGAUGCCUGGAGGCUUGAGUUCAAAUCCUUAUAAUCUCACUAGCUCAUUAGGAAAAACUCAAGGUUCUGCUGUGUAUCUCAACACAGCCACUACUAGAUCUCUUAAUGUGACAGGAUCUAAUGCGUUAUCUACUGCAAAUUCACAUCCAAGCUCCAACAGUGCCAAACUAAUGACUGUUCCCUCCGUUACAAUAUCAGAACCUGGCCCUAAAACAAUAGCAACACUGACUCUAACAAGCUCUAGAAGUGGAUUCAUGGGAAGAAAUGAAGCAAGGUCUGCAGUCCGACGAAGCAGGGACAGGGACAAACCGGACAGGGGGAAUUGACUACUACGCUAUUCCAAGUACAGCUGGGGGUGACAUCUAGUGAGAGAAUAAAACAAGGGAAACAACCUAGUCUAUCACAACAGUCAAUGCAUACAAAGUAUCUGUGAUAUUAUAACACAGGGUACCUAGGGAUUUUAAAGAGCUUACUUUAAUUACUUGAAAUGUACCCACACAAGCUUAAGUGCAGCACUUUUAAUUUUUUUUAUGCAUGUAUUUACAAAGAGCAGGGAUAUUCAGAUUAGCUGUAGAAAAUGAAUCACCUCAUCUGCUAGCUUUAUCAUUUUUCUUAAAGAACAAGACUAUCUUUUCACUAAUAUUUAUUAUCAACAUUAGUGUUUAAUUACAGAUACUCAAAAAAGCCAUUUAAAUCCCAGUAGUUUAACUUAAACAUGUUAAAUAUUACAAGUUUAAUUAUUUUAAUAUUUUUCUCUCCCUACCUUCAUAAAGUUUUCUUUGUCUUUUUUCAUGAUCUUUUCUUCAUAGGUUCCCCCCCCCCCCCCAAGAGUUAGAUGUAGUCAAACUUUUUAAAUUCUCUUGAUACAUGUAGCAGGAACACCUUGACCGGUCUUUGUCAAUACUACGCUUGUUUUAACUUUCAAGGUUCACAAUUGAAAAAAAAUGGUGGUUUACAGUUGUUUUUCUAUUCCUAAUUUUGAUCAUUAGUCCUAAAUCUUACAGAAAUUGAUGUCAUAUUAGGACACAUUUGAGUGCCCUACAGCUGUUUUCAUUAUUAUUUUAUUGUGCCAAAUAUGAUGGAGAUAACAAGAUUUUAUUUACUUGUAGAGUAUAUCAUAUUUAUACAGUUUUAUUAAACAUCUGUGAUACCUAUGUGAUAUAUCUAAACUAAAGAUGCUUCAUUUAUGACUGAACACUGCAUUUAUAACAAUAAGCUGUCCGAGUUUGACUGUGACUUCAGUGCAUCACUGGAGAAACGGAGAUUUUUUUUUGUUGCCACAUUAAGAUUGGAUGAGUUGUGUCUUUGUGCUGAAUGUGGUAUAUUAGCAGUAUACCUUUCUUUCUGUUAUGCCUUACAUAAAUUUUUAAUAAAUUAUUAUUAUAACACA